GUAUAGUUGAGUUCGCGUUAUACCGGAGAGUCCCUGAAACUGCGGAGCUGCUGCGGUGGACGGUCAGGAAAUGAUGUUCCUGACAGACUUUUAGAGAGGUUUCAGAGUCAGACAGCGGUUAACUGGGUACCAUAACUGUGUAGACGGAGAGCGGGUGUGUGAAAUGAGGUGUUGUGGGUCUCGGUGAGCGGGGUUUUGAGUGUGUAUCGCUGCUCUGUUGCUGUCAGUCAGCGCCGGGCUGGGCUGUGCUGUGGAUCGGCGAUAGGAAGGAAGGAAGGAGGGGAAGAAGGGAGCCUGCGCACUGCGGGGCCACGGAGCGGACUGGAAGAGACACUUUUCGGGAAGUUUGUUUGGAGAGUUGUUUAGUUCUUGAACUAUGCUAUUGUUACACAAAUUGGUUGCCAAGUAGUUUGUAUUUAGCUAACUAAGUUUACACAGUUAAAGUCGGCUGGCUCGAUGUUUGGCAGGAGUAGCGUUAGGUUAGGUGGGUGAAGAUUUGAUUAUUUGUACGGUGCGAGUUGUUUCGCUGACUUUGGCUAGCCAGCUAGUUAGCUAGCGUUAGCUACUCUAGCUCCCCUAGCUGUCUGUGUCUGUUGCUGGGCUUCAGUUGUCACACUGGGCACGCACUGCUUGGUGAAGGAGGUUUUUAUUAUUGUUGUUCAGUAGGUUAGCUAGUUAGUUAAUUGCGUUUUUAACCUGACUGUCCACCCCCUAUGGCCACAGAUGUGACUGAGGGUGAAGGAGGCUUAAAACAAAGUGGUAACCUUACAGCCGCUGUGAUUAUGAACAAAAGCAGCUCCGAGUCAGACACACCCAGGACACUGGAAACGCUGGAAAACAAGCCGACAGGUCUCCACUCGUCACCGUCUGAACCGGGAAACGGUGCGAGUAAGGCCGCCGUGGUGUCUGUGGAGAACGGGGACAGAGCAGCCCAAAACAGGCCCACAAAAACAGGAGACCCGCUACAGGAAACUGCAGCUCCGCACGAUGGAGGAAACCAGGAGAGGACACGGACCCAGCAGCCCUCGAGUCCUGUUAAACUACCACAGGCACAGAGCUCACCCGUGGAGCACAAUGGAAGUUUUGAGCAACAGGAGUCGGUCGCUACCACAGAAGCUCGAUUGAGAAUGGAAGGGGUGGAGCUAAAAGAAGAAUGGCAAGAUGAAGACUUCCCCAGACCUCUACCUGAAGAAGAAGACAUUCAACUUGAUGACGAUCUCUUCCCUGGAGAAGGAGAUUCUGCCCCACAAGCAUAUGGAUCGAACAGUGGAAAAAGAACGAAAAGGAGGCUGUUGGCCCCAGAUAUCAGUCUGAAUCUAGAUCGCAGCGAGGGCUCAGUGCUCUCUGACGAGCUGGAUGAAAGCACAGAGUUAGACCUGGAUGGCAUGGACACCCCCUCAGACAACAGCAACGAGUUUGAAUGGGAAGAUGAUCUUCCAAAGCCCAAGAGCACAGACCUCCUGCAGAAAGGUGUAGAGUCAGUGAGAGAGUACUCUGCCUCUGAGGAACGUGACGAGGGCAGACGCUGGAGGAUCUUCCGUAUUGGCGAUCAGGAGCACAGGGUGGAUAUGAAGGCUAUCGAACCCUACAAAAGAGUUAUCAGCCACGGAGGAUAUUACGGAGAUGGACUGAAUGCUAUCAUCGUCUUUGCAGUUUGCUUUAUGCCUGAGAGCAAUCAACCAAACUAUAGAUACAUAAUGGACAAUCUUUUCAAGUAUGUGAUAGGCACUCUGGAGCUGCUGGUGGCAGAGAACUAUAUGAUUGUGUACCUAAACGGUGCAACUUCUCGUCGUAAGAUGCCCAGCGUGGGCUGGCUUAGGAAAUGCUAUCAGCAGAUAGACCGGAGGUUAAGAAAGAAUCUCAAGUCUUUGAUAAUCGUCCAUCCCUCUUGGUUCAUUCGCACUCUCCUCACCCUCACAAAACCCUUUAUAAGCUCAAAAUUUACCCAAAAAAUUAGGUUUGUGUACAGCCUGACAGAACUGGCUGAACUUGUUCCAAUGGAAUAUGUGUCAAUACCAGAUUGCAUCAAGCAGUUUGAUGAAGAAAAAAAUAGGAAAACACAUAAAAGAAUCUACAGAUUUGGAUGCUGAUGUAAUUUCUGCACUGUGACGUAAUCUGAAUGGAUCGACCAAGACAUGCGUGGCAAAGUGGAGAUUGGAACCGCAGCAGUGCCGGAGUGAAAGUGAAGAAGAGCGGAAUAAGAAGUGGAUGACAAGAAUGUUAUUUUUUUAUGUAUGUUCUCUCAGCUGGAAAAUGUUAGUGCCUUUCAAGACUGUGUUGCCUGUUACAUGGUGAAAUUUUUAAUCUUUAUUGUAAAAGUGUGCCAAACAUUGGUCAAAAUCUUGAUGUGCUUUCAGCAUUUUUAUAACCUCUCAUGUAUGAACUGAUUUGUCAUUUUUCAAGGAAUCCUGUCUCUCGCUCCUAUUUAAGGCACUUUGUUUAAGAUAGGGGAUGCAUGUUGUACUAUGUUACAUUUAAAUACAUAUUUAUAUUCAAAUGGUGAUAAAGGAGAGAUAUUAAUAUAUAUAUAUAUUUUUUUUGCAUUUGGACAGUCCUGUUUGGUGUUACGGUUGUUUAGUGAAAUCUCACAGCGUCAUACCUGUUACUGUUUACUGCUUGUUUUGAUCUCAUAUGAGGAAAGCUUUGUGUUGUCCUCUUCCUGUCUGUCCACUGAAAGGGAGGAUAAGAAAAGGAUGGAACCAUUAGUUUACUGUAAGUUUUAGUCACAGGUUGUACUGAAUGAAUCACGUCAUUUGAAUUCUGUAGUUCACAUUUGUCAAAAAAAUUGUUUGGGUGUGGGCUCUUGUAUAAUAUUUCCUUGCAAGUAAACUUCCACACAAAAGGCUGGUCGUUUUUAUAA